UCAGUCCAAAUCGGUGCUCAGCUGUGGAUGGGUGGGUUGGUGGAACUUCCGUUUUUUUCCCCUCGAUUUUCAAACAUAUUUAUUUCUCUUCAAGUGAUCCAUCAGUAAAUAGCAUAGUAUACAACACAUAACCCAUGUGAAACUAUAACUGCAGUAAACGAAAUAUUAAAAUUAGAUUUGUUUUAAAAUUGGUUCAGUAAUUAUAUGACAUUACCUAGAUAUACAGGAGUGAGUUUUAAAAUAGUGGUUAAUUCAGUGAGAAGAGCAUGGCGACCAUUAUUAAAUCGCUUUUACGAUUGUAUCAUUACAUCAAUGACGAAGUUUCAGAUCCCAGAACGAAAGACUGGUUCCUGAUAGCGACACCAUGGCCUGGUCUCGCUAUUCUUGGAUUUUACCUAUACUUUGUGUUCACUCUUGGUCCAAGACUUAUGGCCAACAGAAAACCAUUCAACUUAGACAGAAUUUUACAAGUGUACAAUGUUGUGCAGAUUCUUGCCAGUGCCUACCUCGUGUAUCGGGCAUUGACGUUAGCGUGGCUAAAAAGUUAUAGUUUUGUGUGUGAACCCGUUGAUUACACAGAUAAUCCAGACGCAAUAGCGAUAGCAGCAUCAGUAUGGUUAUAUUUCAUGGUAAAAAUAGUAGAUCUACUCGACACAGUGUUUUUUGUUCUUAGGAAGAAACAAAAUCAAGUAUCAUUUCUUCAUGUUUAUCAUCACACGGGAAUGGUAAUGGGUGCCUGGGGUGGUGUCAAGUAUCUACCAGGCGGCCACGUUACAUUUUUAGGUUUGAUAAAUUCUUUUGUCCACGUCAUUAUGUACAGUCAUUAUUUGGCAACAUCGUUGAAGCUUGG